AGAACCCUUAUUCUGAUGAUAAUGUGCUGAAUUUAAUUUUGACUACAGUGUUCUUUUCUAUUUCGCUAUUCUGUUUAUUACUAGCCAUGUUUCUACAAAUCAAUAUAAGGGGGAUACAGACUUGCCCAGCCAAAUGCUUUCUCUCAUUUUCAUUGUCGUGGUUCAUCGCUCAGUUUUCGUUCACCCUUCCUCCAUUUCUACCGUCACGAGUUUGUCUGACAUUUGCCAUGUUGUUGCAUUAUCUAUGGCUAUGUAUAUUUUCGUGGUCAAGCAUUCUGUCCUUUGAUUUGGUAAAGUCAUUAAAUGCAUGCUCUAAAACUUUGAAAAGGGAAUUCAAGAACAACAGUUUGUUUGUUAAGUACUGUAUCGUUGGCUGGGGGCUACCGCUGCUUAUUGUUGGUUUAAGUAAUGUUCUCGAAAUCAGUUUAAGUACUUUUACCUUGCAAUAUGGGGCUAGAAACAUUUGCUGGAUAGGAAAUAGUGAUGCGCUGCUUUUAGCUUAUAUUUUACCAGCAAGUACUUUCCUAUUUUUUAACAUGAUAUGCCUAGCAGUGUCACUCCAUGGUUUGGAAAUUGCUAAGCGUAAUUCUAGAAAUCUACAAAAAACGAGGAAGGACAGGCAGAGGUGGUUGAUGUAUCUUCAGAUGUUUUUCCUCUGUGGUGGAUGUUGGAUUUUUGCUUACGUGGCAAAUAAUGUGUCUCUUUUAUGGAUGCAUACAUUAAAUCUGAUAUUAAAUGGCAGUCAGGGUGUUUUCAUCCUCAUAAUGACAACACGAGACUCUAAGGUGAAAAGGUGGAUAAGAAUUAAAAUGAAAUGCUUAGAACCAGAUAAUUCUAAUACUUCCCAAAGUAACAGCGGUGGUGGAACUAUUAGCACGAAAUUAUGAGACAGAAAGAUUUCAUAGUGAGAAAAAA